AGCGGCAGGCUUCGCUGUGUUUAUUCUACAUCUCAUUUGUUUCUUCAAUAUGGCCACAGCGGAUGCGCGAAUCAGCGAUAAAGAGCUAGCUGCCAUUAACGCUGCAGCCGUAACCAAAGAAUACCGGGUGCAGCCUCAUUUGGACUACCGAACAGUGUCAGCGAUCAACGGUCCAUUGGUUGUUUUGGACAAUGUCAAGUUUCCAUCAUACAAUGAAAUUGUACAAUUAACACUACCAGAUGGCACAAAACGUGGUGGCCAAGUCCUCGAAGUGCAAGGCAAGAAAGCUAUCGUGCAAGUGUUCGAGGGUACAUCAGGAGUAGAUGUGAAGGCUACACAUGUAGAGUUCACCGGCAGCAGCAUGAAACUCCCCGUGUCUGAAGAUAUGCUGGGUCGUAUAUUCAAUGGAUCUGGUGUCCCCAUUGAUAACGGACCUAAAGUCUUCGCGGAGGAUUACCUGGACAUCAACGGAUCACCCAUUAAUCCUUACUCUCGAAUUUACCCCGAGGAAAUGAUUCAGACUGGUAUCUCUACCAUUGACGUCAUGAAUUCCAUUGCUCGUGGACAGAAGAUCCCCAUCUUCUCUGCCGCUGGUCUCCCUCACAACGAGAUUGCUGCUCAGAUCGUGCGGCAAGCGGGUCUUGUCAAGGGUCCAACGAAGGAUGUGCAUGACGGACAUGAAGACAACUUUUCCGUCGUGUUCGCGGCUAUGGGUGUCAACAUGGAGACUGCGCGAUUCUUCAAACAAGACUUCGAGGAAAACGGCAGUCUGGACCGUGUCACCUUGUUCUUGAACUUGGCUAACGAUCCCACGAUCGAGCGAAUCAUUACGCCUCGCUUGGCCCUCACGACAGCAGAAUACUACGCAUACCAGCUCGAGAAACACGUGUUGGUUAUUUUGACCGACAUGUCAUCGUAUGCUGACGCACUACGAGAGGUUUCUGCUGCACGUGAAGAAGUCCCCGGACGACGUGGUUAUCCCGGUUACAUGUACACGGAUCUGUCCACGAUUUACGAGCGUGCAGGUCGUGUUCAGGGACGAAAUGGCUCGAUCACACAGAUCCCCAUUCUUACCAUGCCGAAUGACGAUAUCACGCAUCCUAUACCCGAUCUUACAGGCUACAUUACAGAAGGCCAGAUCUUCGUCGACCGACAACUGCACAACAGACAGAUUUACCCACCAAUCAACGUCCUGCCCUCCUUGUCCCGGUUGAUGAAGAGUGCUAUUGGUGAAAAAUUGACCAGAAAGGAUCAUGGAGACGUGUCGAACCAAUUGUACGCUAAAUACGCCAUCGGUCGUGACGCUGCGGCAAUGAAAGCCGUCGUUGGUGAGGAGGCGCUUUCACCAGAAGAUAAGCUCGCACUUGAGUUCUUGGACAAGUUCGAGCGUCAGUUUGUCGGACAAGGUAUGGCAAUUCUGCAGCCACAGCGCUCCGAUUCCAAUGGGCUUACUUUUCAUUUCUUCCCACUAUCAAGGCGCUUACGAAUCGCGAACCAUCUUCGACUCGUUGGAACUUGCGUGGAGCCUGCUGCGUAUCUUCCCGAAGGAACAACUCAAUCGUAUUAGUCCCAAGAUCAUUUCCGAGUUCUACGCUCGCAAGCCGACUAGGAAACCGACAGAAGAGGCGAACAAGGCGGGUGGUGGUAAGGGUGAAGAGAAGUUGAUCGACGAUGCAUGAGGGAAUGUCGAGGAUGGUUUUUACUUUCCUUUCGACUUUCCGUUACGGUCUAGCAACGCAAUGCAGGCGCAGUAGGUAGUAGAUGAAGGACCUUUUUUGAGAUGCUUUUGUACAUUCCUCUUUUAUCGAAUGGAUAACCCACGCAUUUGAUUUGGAUUUCUUCAUAGGAGCUAUUACAGAGUAGCCACGACGAAGCAGCGUUGCUUUCAUGGGCAAGGAAGGUCUUACGUGUUACCCGCAGUACUGCUGGUUGCAACCGUUGGGUGAAGCUUCGACCUGACAAUAACAUGACGUCA